AUGUCCUACACUGAUCUACCACCGCCUCCGAGUUCAGAGCACGCCAAGGCGUUAUAUGAGAUCGGCACAUUGAAGUGGGGAUUCCAACAGGAUGUGGAGAAUGACGGUGCAGGACCCGUGGUCAGCAUAGUAGAUGGCGAGUGCUACGGAGAUCCCAAUAUUGACCUGGAUGCGGAGUACCUUGAGGAUGAAUCCCCAUACCCUGAAGUUCGUUCCGCCGUCGCGAACACGGACGAUCCCGACAUGCCUGCGGGGACACUUCGUGCUUGGAUGCUUGGGCUGCUGUGGGCCAUUGUGAUACCAGGCGUGAACCAAUUCUACUUCUUUCGAUUUCCCAAUAUCACCGUGGGGCCACUUGUCGCCCAACUUUUGACUUUUCCUCUCGGCCGCUUAGUCGCACGCCUCCUGCCACAUGUACGGGUAUUUGGACACUGCAUUAACCCUGGCCCUUUUACUAUUAAAGAACACGUCGUGGUAACCAUCAUGGCAGGUGUUGGCGCAGUCUCUGCGUAUGCGACCGACAUCAUCGCGGUUCAACGGUUUUACUAUCAUCAGUCCUACAAUUUCGGAUACCAGUUCAUGGUAAUCAUGUCUACGCAGCUCAUUGGGUUCUCUAUUGGAGGUAUCGCCAAGCGAUUUUUGGUGUCUCCACCCUCAAUGAUCUGGCCGUCGAACCUGGUUUACUGCGCACUCUUCAACACUUUGCAUGCGCAAUGGUAUGUGGGAUUUGGCAAGCGCGGUGGUCUUAGCCGAGAACGGUUCUUCUUUCUUGCAUUUACUGCUGCCAUACUUUGGUACUUCGUGCCUGGGUAUCUAUUCACAGCUCUCUCAUUCUUCUCGUGGGUAUGCUGGAUAAAGCCAAAUAACGUGGUGAUCAACCAACUGUUCGGUUAUCAGAGCGGCCUCGGCAUGUCCCUGGUCACCUUGGAUUGGUCGCAAAUCGCCUUCAUCGGUUCUCCCCUGGCCACACCAUGGUGGGCAGAAGGAAACGUCGCCUUUGGCUUCGUUUUCUUUUUCUGGCUCAUUGUCCCAUUGCUCUAUUACACGAACGUUUGGGAUUCGCAGUUUAUGCCCGUUCUCUCACGAAGGACGUUUGACAACACCGGAGCACCCUACAACGUCACGCGCGUCUUGGAAGGGACCUCGUUUGACAUCGACAAAUAUAGAGCAUACAGCCCGCUCUUUCUGCCCGUGGCAUUCGUCGUGUCCUACGCGCUCAGUUUUGCGAGCGUUACCGCCACGAUAGUACAUGUCUUCCUGUACUACCGCAAGCAAAUUAUGGUCCAAGCGCGCCGCUCCCUCGCGGAACAACCCGACAUCCACGCACGACUCAUGUCGCAGUAUCCGCAGGUGCCCGACUGGUGGUAUCUCUGCAUCUUCGUGUCCAUGUUCUUGUUUGGUGUCAUCGCCAUCGAGAUAUAUCCUACGCAGAUGCCUGUGUGGGCGUUCGUGCUCGCGUUGGCGGUUGCGUUUGUAUACACGAUCCCAAUUGGCAUCAUCCAGGCGGUCACCAACCAGCAGAUCGGGCUGAAUGUGAUUACUGAGCUGAUCGUUGGGUACGUCCUUCCUGGCCAACCGCUUGCGAUGAUGUUGUUCAAGACUUGGGGAUAUAACACAAUGUCACAAGCACUCACAUUCACCUCCGACAUGAAGUUAGGACAUUACAUGAAGAUACCACCGCGCACAAUGUUCUGGUGCCAGGUCGUGGCAACCGUGGUAGCCGGGAUUGUCCAGCUCGCUGUGCAGUCCUGGAUGUUCGAAAAUAUCCCGGACAUGUGCGACUCGCUGCAGAAAGACCACUUCGUGUGUGCCAGCACCGAGGUCUUCUACACUGCAAGUGUCAUCUGGGGCGUUGUCGGCCCUAAGAUGCUCUUCUCUGCUGGCCGAAUAUACGGCUUCCUCCGGUUUUUCUUCCUUUUUGGAGCGGUCACACCGAUAAUACCGUACCUUGGGAUGAAACGAUGGCCCAACAGCUACUUCCGCUAUGUAAACAUUCCGAUCAUAGUGAACGGUACUGGGUGGAUACCACCGGCAAGCGCGCUGAAUUACGUGCCAUGGGCGAUCUUAGGGUUCAUCUCGCAGUACGUCGUACGCAGACGACAUUUCGGAUGGUGGUCGAAGUACAACUACGUUUUAUCUGCGGCUCUCGACACAGGGACAGCAAUAGGGACCGUGAUUGUUUUCUUCUGCUUACAAUACCCUGCUAACGGCACGAUUGGCCAACACACUGUGCUCGCGUGGUGGGGAAACACUGUGUGGAUGAACACCGCAGACUACAAUAUGACGUCCUUCAAAACGCUACAGUCGACAGGCCAAGCAUACUUCGGGCACCCCCGACAAAUGGUAGCAUCCCGCUUUAUUCCAUCUGUUUUUGCGAUGCUCUGGAUCUAGCGUCUUGUACUCAUAGUGUAUGUAUAUACAGCUCGCUCAUUUAUCGCUAAUUAUUUCUCCGCCGGGGAGGGCACCGUGCUAGUUCGCUCGUCGGCUUCCAGGCUGCAGCGUCGAUGUAGAGGGUCUUUGCUGAGGUGCAGAGCAUUUGGGCAUUCGUAGCGUAAAAUUGUACCAAUACAAGCGUUAAUACUGUAUGUAAAAAAGACCUCGACGCAUACUAGUAUGGUCCAAUGGCGAGAAAAGGGCCCGAAAGCAAUAACAUGACCACAAGCACAUCACAAGACUGUUGGUACACGAACAUAAUAGUUAUGACGAGUGAGAUUGAAGGAUAUCGGGUGUGGAGGUGUCCGCUGCACGAACGAGCACGAGAUAGAAGUACAACGCACGGCCUGCGUCUGCGCACGUGACAAAUAUGAGUAAAGAUUUCAGAUGUGUACAAAUCUACGCAGCCGAUGAUGAACCGGAGAUUCGCUGAUGGUGGUACAUUGGGCACGACAUAUUUGCCGCAGGAUUGCCGUCCUCUUCCGUUGCAGUCCGUUCUCUUUGUUAUUCCUCGAAGUCGAUUUUAUGAUGGGUAACCGGGGGUAUCGGAUAAUGGACUCAUUGUUCGUGUGCAGCGGGUCCGCCAAGGGACGCCAUCCAGAUACGAGUUUUAUACAACCUAUGAUCACACGAUC